GCACGGCCGCAACCCGUACCACUACGACUAGAUUGUCGAACCGGGUCUCCGUUCAGGCCCCCGCUGUCUUCUACUGAAUCUGCGAAGGGGAAACAGCUCCACACUGUCCCUCAUUUUCCAGUUUCAACCUAGGGUUUUCCACCUGAACUGCCAUGGCAGAAGUCAUGAACCUGCCGGUCGACUCGUUGGACCCCCCCCGGGACCAGCCUGACCGGGAUGAUACGAAAUCCCCGGAAGACCCUCAGCCAUCACCUCCGCCACCGCCGAGGCGUCGAGACAGAGACUCUAGGGAGAGGCGAGACGACCGGGACGGCGACCGCCUACCAACCCGUCUCGGCGGCGACGACCAUGACAGAAAUCGGUCCCCGCCGCGAGAGAGGGAGAGGGAUCUCAAGCGGAGGAGCAGCCCCAGCUCCCCUCCACCAUAUCGCGGUCGCCGGCACUCACCGCUUGGCCGCUCGCCUCCAUUUCCGCCGUACAAGCGAUCUAGAAGGGACGACAGUGGGUACAAUGGCCGCCGUGGUAGCCCAAGGGGAGGAUUUGGACCUGGCGACAGAAGGUUUGGUUAUGAUUAUCCUGGUGGGUAUGAACGUGACAUAGGGGGCAGGCCUGGGCAUUUUGAUGAGAGGUCUCAUGGUCGGUUUGGUGGUCGCUCUUCUGGUGGCUAUCCAGGUGGUGCACCUGAGUGGGAUUUGGGCCGUGGUGUUUAUGGUGAUGCAGCAAGUACUCAAAGGGAAGGCUUGAUGUCAUAUAAGCAAUUCAUUCAAGAGCUGGAAGAUGACAUAAUACCAGCCGAAGCUGAGCGUAGAUAUCAAGAAUACAAAUCUGAGUAUAUUUCAACUCAGAAACGGGCUUAUUUUGAUGCUCAUAAAGAUGAGGAAUGGUUGAGAGACAAAUAUCAUCCAACAAAUUUAGUAACUGUUAUUGAAAGGAGGAAUGAGCUUGCACGGAGGAUUGCAAAGGAUUUUUUGCUUGAUUUGCAGAGUGGAACAUUGGAUUUAGGUCCCGGUGCCAGUGCUUCAUCUUCAAAUAAAUCAGAACAGAACAGUGAUCCAAAUUCUGAUGAUGAAGUAGACACAGGUGGCAAAAGAAGACGGCAUGGUCGGGGACCAGCUAAAGAAAUUGAUCUUCUUGCUGCUGCUCCAAAGGCCCACCCAAUCAGUUCUGAACCCAGACGGAUCCAAGUUGACAUUGAGCAAGCACUAGCUCUUGUACGUAAACUUGACUCUGAAAAAGGAAUUGAGGAAAAUAUAUUGUGUGGAGUUGACAAUGACGGGAUGCAUAGAGAGAAAAUUCAUGGCGGUUCUACUGGCCCAGUUAUAAUCAUACGUGGAUUAACCUCUGUUAAGGGCCUUGAGGGCAUAGAAUUACUGGAUACACUUAUUACGUACCUUUGGCGUAUCCAUGGCUUGGAUUACUAUGGAAUGGUUGAAAGAAGUGAAGCCAAGGGCCCUCGGCAUGUGAGAAUAGAGGGCAAGAGUUCUGAUGUUACUAUAGAUGGGGCUGAAUGGGAAAAAAAACUUGAUUCACAUUGGCUCGAUAGGUUGAAAGGUCAGGACCCUUUGGAAAUAAUGACUGCUAAGGAGAAAAUUGAUGCUGCUGCUGUUGACGUUUUAGAUCCCUAUAUCCGGAAAAUUAGGGAUGAGAAAUAUGGGUGGAAGUAUGGCUGUGGAGCCAAAGGUUGCACAAAGCUUUUCCACGCUGCGGAAUUUGUGCACAAACAUCUUAAACUAAAACAUCCAGAUCUUGUGAUGGAGCUGACAUCUAAAGUGCGUGAUGAUUUGUAUUUCCAGAACUACAUGAAUGAUGCAGAUGCACCUGGUGGAACACCUGUUAUGCAGCAAUCUCUAGCGAAGGACAGGCCGCAGAGGCGUAGGCUGGGCUCAGAUAAUAGAUUGAAAGAUGAACGGGGCAUUCGUAGAGGACGUGAAAAUCGAGCUAAUGGCAGUGAAAGAUAUGAUAGGUCUGACAAUCCACAGUCAACUGAUUUCCGAUCCAACAACGAGGGUCCAGAUGGGGGAAAUUCUGAUGAACCAAUGUAUGACACUUUUGGAGGACAAGGCAUGCCUGUUGGUCCUCCUUUUCCCUCAGAUAUACCCCCUCCGCCACUACUGAUGCCCGUUCCUGGUGCUGGUCCACUGGGCCCCUUUGUUCCUGCUCCACCUGAAGUUGCAAUGCAGAUGUUGCGAGAACAGGGGGGUCCUCCUUUUGAAGGUGCUGGUAGAAAUGGGCGGACUGGGCCCCAGUUGAGCGCUCCUUCUCCUAUUCUCUCUUUAUCUCCAGCUUUUCGGCAGGAUCCUCGACAAUUACGAAGUUACCAAGACCUUGAUGCACCAGAGGAUGAAGUCACCGUGAUCGACUACCGGAGUCUGUAGGUGUUCAUAUUGGCAGAAUGAUAUAAGUACUUUUUAGUGACAAAACAAGUCCUGAACCAUCCCAAGGUCAAUUGAUGCCAACAAUCCAACCAUAGUUGCAGCCACCUUGUACGACAUUACAAUGGACCAUGAAUUGCCCUGCCAGCAUGCUGAUUGGAAUCUGGUUUUCUUUUUUUUGUAUUGUGGAUAGUGCAGGUGUGUUCCGUGCCACAAACUCCCUCAAUAUUUUUUCUCCCACUUUUUAUGGGACUUGAGAGGAAUGAGCUUGUGAAUGCCAGGGGAAUAUCCAAUGUCUAUUAAGUUGUACUGUAUAUUUACACUGGUAAAAAUUAAUUUACAGAUAGUGGUUGUGUGCUUAUUUAAAAAGAAAAUUGUUCUAGAAAAA